GACAGUACUCACUUAAGUCAUUAUUACUCCACAACGUUGUUAUUUUCUAAAAUUCAGAAAUUUAGUUGAGAUGAAGGUCACUAAUUGUGCCAGAUUUUUAAUGCAGUUUGCCGUCUUCGCACUUACUACAGGUAUUUAUGUGGAUGAACCGUUAGUCUAUGACAACUUCUCGUCUGACUUCAUGUGGGCUGCGGCUACAAGCGCUUAUCAGAUCGAAGGCGGAUGGGAUGCUGACGGACUAAGUAUCUACGACGUCUGGAUGAACGAUCCAAAUCACGUGUCUGACGGAUCGUCCAGAAAAGUAGCUUGUAACAGUUACUACUUCUACCAAAAGGAUAUUGAAGCCCUUCAAAGUUUGGGAGUUACUCAUUAUCGAUUUUCUAUUUCCUGGGCCCGAGUUCUCCCCAACGGCAUCGGUGAAGUUAACCAGGCAGGAAUUGAUUACUACAAAACGUUGAUAGCGGCGCUUAAAGCCGCCAAAAUCGAACCAAUGGUGACCUUGUAUCACUGGGACUUACCACAAGCACUAGAACUGAUAGGGGGAUGGCUAAAUAUAAGCAUUGUCGAUUGGUUUGAAGAAUAUUCUCGUCUCUGUUAUACUGAGUUUGGCAACGACGUGAAAUAUUGGAUCACUAUAAACGAACCAUGGGUCAUUGCAUAUCAAGGAUACGGUUCUGGAAAUACUGCGCCAGGGACAUACGGGCCAGGUACUUACACCUAUCAGGUGGGUCACCAUAUUAUUUUGGCUCACGCCAGAGCAUAUCAAGCAUAUGAAACCUCAUUCAAACCAACUCAAAACGGGAAAGUUGGAAUAACGCUUAAUAUCAACUGGUACGAUCAGAGACGACCAAUUCGAAAAUAUUGAAGCGGCCGAAAGGGCAUUGCAAUUUCUUGGAGGUUGGAUUGCCAAUCCCAUUUACGGCACUGGAGAUUAUCCAGACGUCAUGAAACAAAAAGUCUUCACACUUAUGUUUACGUGGUUGAACACGAGGUGGGGAGUAAUAUAACAAUCGGGUCAAUUUAUAAAUCGAUUGUUAUGUCGUUGUUAUCGGAUUGAUGAUCGCAGCGUCGUUUCGUGCUAGACAAAGGUUUGUUGUACACGAGGUGUCACAUUAUUUCCUGUAAAUAAGACCAAAUUGUUCGUGCUGGUGUGUUCAUUGAUCGUAAAAAUGCCUAAACCAAGUGAAACAACUAACAAAAAAGUUGCUUGAAUGAUGAGCAAACUUCUGGAUGACAAGUUUUACAACGAAUUUCUAGAAAUGGCCAAAGAUGAAUUGCUACCAUACGGACGACAAACCAAGCCGAAUGACAUUGAAAGUGGUACGGCUGACAUCGACUCGAUGAAAUCAUACUUGGAAGUUGAUUUCUUCGAAAUACCAGCAGGCAUUAGGUGCCCAAUUUGCUGGGAUACAUGCAGCAAAACAAUCAAAUGCGAAGGAAGAAGGGUGUGUUACACCUGUCAAAAAGGACAACUUCCUAAAUUAAAAAAAGGGAUGAAAAGACCCAUAAAUCUCUUCAUCCUUCCACCAACAACCUCAUCACCAAUCAACUUCAUCGUGACUGUUCAACGGCAAUCACAACACAAAGAUAUUUCAUCAAAGGCAUUGCAACUUCUUCAGGAUUUCACAACUACUUGUCCGACAUUGCCGAAUUUGCACGGACACGUUCAAUUCGUCUUGCCGCCAAUUGGAACCGUUGGUAGCGGCUUGGCUUGCUAUCGCGACAUGAGCGAUUACUACACACCACUUGGUUGUUUCGCCAAGACACAUGAAUGGCUGAAUCUUGGUAACUUUAACCAAUUUUUCAUGAUUAAGGAAACUCGGGCACGUUUUUUGCUUACAGAUGAUGAAUCCAAAGAUAUUCUAAAAAGAAUGUCUAUAGCUUCAUCUAUGGAUUGUUACGAUCGCAAAAGCAGGAUUAAUAAAAUUAUAAUUGAAAAGAGAAGAUUAAUGAAAGACUAUUUGGAUGAAAUUAACAAAUUAGAUGAAAACUAGUUUAUUCCAUUUGAUUUCCUAUUAAACCACGAUGUAGCAAAAGCGAACUUUGGAAAUCUUAAAUCAUUUGGGAAAUUUUUUGCAAAUUUUUUCGAAAUUGAAGUUAUUUAAUAACUCCUCAUCAAUGAGCAAGCAUGUUUUCAAAGAGCAUACAUAUCAUUUCGAAAAAUC